AAAAUAUUUCUCUUGCGUAAAACAACAUUCGAACAUGGUAAAUAAAUGUUCAAGAAAAAAAAAAAAAAAAGAAAAAAAAAAUAAAUAAAUGGAAAAAAAAUAUUUUCAAUCUUAAUGUACAUAAAGAUAUCGUAGUGUGUAAUAAAAUAUCGUAGAUAAGUCAGUGAAUUUUUGCGUUGUAAUAGAUUUGUCAUAGUAACCAAGUCGACAUAGUGGCACGUUUGCUUUUCACAGUCGAGAAGAUAAUUUAAUAAUCGCUAUGAUCAUGAGUAGUGAAGGAGUCACUGUUUCCAUCAUCUCACCAAGUGAAGAUCUUGCUUGAGGAAGCGAAGUUUAUUGGAAGGAGAAGAACAUGUUUUCGAUUCCGCAAUCGUAAUUUCCGGGACAUUUCGCAAUUGUGCUUGGACGAUCAAGUUUUAGCUUACUAGGUCAGAAGACGUUAAAGUCAUAGAAAGGAAAAACGACGUCGACGUAGGCAAGAUAUUCAAUGUGUACAGCAUUAUCAUCCAGGCAUUUGUAAGAUGAAACCGUCCAUGAAAAUGGGAGUGAUCGCCUUGAUUGGUGUUUGUGUGGUAUUUUAUCAAUAUCACCUGUCUACAGGAGUUAGAUUCGAUCAGGCGAUCGAUUUUAGUGCCGGUGGAUCUAUCGAUGAUGAGGUCGAAUCUCAUCAGAUUAAGUUCCCAAGGUUUACCUCAGAUAUGGUAAUGAACGCGGUACGUAGAGUACAAGAUUUGAAUGGUCUCAGUCCAGAAGUUGGUACAUUAUUGAUCAAAGAAAUAUGGUAUCAACUCAAUAAAAAUGUUCUUGAAACUACGGAAAACGAAUCGCGAAUUUUACGACCUUGUUCAAAACUUGUCAUUUCGAACGUCGCAUGUAUGCCUUCCUUAUCAUCAUCGUCCACGAAGAAUGAAAUAUCUUUGGAUCCUCUCUACAUUAUAACACCGACUUAUCGUAGACCAGAACAAAUUCCAGAGCUCACUAGGAUGUCUCAUACGCUUAUGUUAGUUAAAAAUGUUCAUUGGCUCGUAAUAGAGGAUGCAUACGUAGCCACGAAACAAGUUACGAGAUUACUCGAACGUACGGGUUUAAAAUUCGAUCAUCUAACAGCGCCAAUGCCAGAAAAAUAUAAAUUUAAAAAUGGUGCAAAACCACGUGGCGUUUCUAACAGAAAUCGUGGCUUGCAAUGGAUAAGAGCGAACGCAACGAAAGGUGUACUUUAUUUCGCUGAUGAUGAUAAUACCUAUGACAUAGCUUUGUUCGACGAGAUCCGUAAAACGAAAACUGUAUCAAUGUUUCCGGUUGGUCUUUGUACCAAAUUUGGUUUGAGUUCUCCGAUUAUAAAGAACGGAACGUUUGCUGGUUUCUAUGAUGGAUGGGUCGCUGGUCGUAAGUUUCCAGUUGACAUGGCAGGAUUUGCCGUGAACGUCAAAUUUUUACUUCAAAGGCCAAACGCCACGAUGCCGUUUAGAGCUGGUUACGAGGAAGAUGGUUUCUUGAAGAGUCUUGCACCGUUAGAACCACGAGAUGUACAAUUAUUGGCAGACAAUUGUACAAAAGUACUCGCGUGGCAUACGCAAACAAAAAAAAAUGAACCAAGUGCACCAUUGAAUAUGAAACUCUAUGGGUCGACAAAUCUCGUUAAAUUGAAGGAACAAAUAGUAUGAUGUCCGGUAAGAUACAGCAUUAUUUGCCGAAGAUAAAAAUCUCGAGUACUCGUCCGUUUUGUUUUUCGGACCUGUUUCUAACGGAUAGGUGCAAGAAAAAAAAGCUAUGUGAUUUAGUGCCUAAAGUAUUUCUCCUACGUGUAAUCUAAAGAAGAAAAAGAAGAAGAAGAAGAAAAAGAACGGGGUGUUCUUAAGCUGAACCAUCAAAAUGACGGCGAAGUCUUUGAUCUAACUUUUAAUUUAAAGGCAGACUUUUACCUCAUAGCCAUGAGAUCGAAAAUGAGUCUCCUGCAUUGCAGUAGUAUGGUUUACUGUACCAUAGUGUUGAUAUAGUGCAUUUUAAAUUAUGUAUGUAUGUAUAUAUAUAUAUAUAUAUAUAUAUAUAUAUAUACAUACAUACAUAUACAUAUACAUACAUACAUACAUACAUACAUUCACAAAAAUACUCUCCCGCGAACAGUACAGACUAAUGACCAAUUGAGGUGAGUUAAAUUGAUUCUAGUGAGCAUAGUGAUAGUGAAAGAUUUUUGUGAGAAAGCAAGAAGAAUGAGGGAAGCAAUGUAAAAAAAAAAAAAAAGCGAGUAACUAUCUUGGACCAGUAAAUACAUAGUGAAAGUGUGAGAGCUCAAAACACAAAUCAAAUCUGCCUAAGCCUCCAAAUAUGCACUCAAUUGUAUUAAUGAGAUAUUAAUAGUAAUUAUGAGAUUUUUCUUUGUGUACCGUAUUUGGACAGUCUAUGCAGUCAUGCCACAAUCACAAAUUUCAACUUCCGAUUUUUAUCAGACACAUUGGAUAUCGAUUCCAUGUUAAAGCUUUUUGAACAAUAAUAUAAUAUUGUAAAUAAGUAUUACCAAUGCGGCAUAUUAUUAAGCCGGAAGAAUAUUCUAUGAAAAACGGUAUAUUGAAUUAAUAUCUUGAGAAGAUCCUUUUAUUAGAUAAAAAUAUAAAAUUCAAGGAUACUUGAACUGGUGAUUAUAAAAAAGUGAUCCAAAUCAUAUUAUAUAUUUUUCGUUUUGAAAUAUAUUGACAAUUAGGUUUGAUUUAUUUAAAAAUUUUUUUUUUUUUUUUUUUUUUUUUUUUUUUUUUUUUCUAUAAUGAGCAUAAAAAAAAUAAAUAUAUUUAUUCUUGAGAAAUAAUUCUUUUAUAUUAUUUUAAAAUUUUUUAAACAGAAUGUGAGAGAUAAAAUAUGUCUUUUUAUAUCUCAAAUGACUUAGAUCACUUUUAUAACCAUUGGCUUAUUUGUCAAAGAUUUCUUGAUUUUCUUUUCUUUUUUUUUGUGCAUGUCUUUUCCAUGGUCAUUAAUAAUCAUAAAUCAUUAUUAUAAUCAUUCUUUGUUGGUAGGUGAUCUUUUCAUCUUAUUUAAAUUAUAUUUGAACUUUCAUGUGAGAGGGAAACUUAUCAGUCAAAUAAACACCAUGAAUUUGAUAAUGUGAUCUCAAUAUUGCAUUAUUGUAAAAUGAUUUAUUUGUACAUAAAGAUCAUGCCGUGCUUCCUAGGCAAAAAGGUAUAAAUAUCACAUAUUGUAAUAGCAAAAAGAAAUUAAUAUUUUUUUUUGUUCUAUUUGCGGCUUAUUAACCAAUGUUGAUUAACUUAAUCGCCAGGUAGCUCGUCGAAGUAUAUAGAUUAUUAAGCAAAGCGCUCGAUUUUUCUUUCACAUAAUUCCUUUGUUGAUCAUUUUUUUUUUUGAGAGAGAGAGAGAGAGAGAGAGAGAGAGAGAGAGAGAAAGAGAGAGAAAAAAUAGGAAAAGUUUUGCAUAUCGAGUUAUGGCUGUCAAUAUUUGAAUAAUUUUUAUUGUAAAAGAGUUAGUUAUAUUCUCAACAGAUUUUGUGUAAAGCCAAAGAAUGUAAUCGUUCCGAUAACAAAAAAAAAGUAUAUAUAUACCAAAAAAGAUAAAAAAAAACAACACUUUCUUAUCAAAAAAAUACAAUCACGAAUUAGUAAUUGCAUUACUAUGAAAAACUCUAUACUAAGUACUACUCGUAUGUAGCCUAGAGGAAAUUAUUAGAUAUUUAAUAGAAAAUCUUUUCUCAAGGAUUUAUAUACAAAGUAAUAAUAUUACAAUGAGUUUUCACUUACAAUAGCAUCUCAAUUUUUUUGCUCGAUUUCUUUUUAGGCAUAUAUAUAUAUAUAUAUAUAUAUAUAUAUAUAUAUAUAUAUAUUUAUAUAUAUAUAUAUUACGAGGGACGUUGUAAAAAUCAGGGAUAACGACGCGAGAGAUGCAAGAUCAGAUUAUUCCAUUUAUCGUGUAAUACAGAAGUUGGUAAAAAACAAAUAUGUACGUAUACAUAUAUAUAUUUUUGCUGCAAAUCAGUUUUGCAAUGUACAAAAAAAUCUUUAUAUAAUUUUUAUUUCUCAAGUAUACGUCUUAUGAUUUUUGUAUCAAAGUAUCUAUUUAAUAAUCCCUUUUAAAAUAUAAAUGAAAAAUUAGAUAUAAUUAAGUUUAAAUAAUGCUGUCAUCCCAUAAUAAAUUAGUUCAUUUAGGUUUAGGCUUAAUUUGGAGAUAUGUUGUUAUUUCUUACAAUGCAUUGUAUAGUAUAUUGUAGAUGGAUUAUUAUACUGAUGUAAAGAGUAUCAAGCAAUAAUAUGAUAAAUACAAUAAUAAAAUUCAAAAAAUAUGUUCUAUUAUAUUAAUAAUAUCAACAAUAAACAAAAGUAUCACUCUUUCUCGAUAAAUAAUAUUAAUGAAAUUUAACUCCUGUUUAUAAAUUUGGAAUCAUUUUCUUAUAAGAUUCCAAUAUUCAAAUGUACAUAUGCUUUCCAAAUUGUAUAUGAUACAUUUUCUGACGAUAAUUAUAAAAAGAAAUUAAUGACGAAAUAAAACGAAAGUUAGAUAAACGUCGAAAUGAUUUUUAUUAUAUAAAUCGUCAAAUUUAAAUCAUAUAUAUUAUGGAUUAUGCUACGCGUAUGUACGUGUGAAACAUUAGUGAUAAAAACACUAUAAAAUUAUUAUAUGCGAGGACUGAUCACAAAUACUAUGAAAAAAAAAUUGUUUUCAUAUAUGUAAGAAGUAUUCUCAAAUUCACUCAUCAAUUUAUUCUAAUUUCGUGUGACUGUUAAUAUUGGAACUACAGAGACUGUAUAUGAUGAACAAAUACUAAAUAAAAAGAAUUAAGAACGA